AUGAGCACCAGUGAAUCGAUCCGAAAGCCCGAAUUUCGGCCGGGAGAUGUGCUGGCUGGAUGGCACGUCAUCCGUCAACUCGGCGCCGGAGGCUUUGGCACUGUAGUUGAGGUAAUAAAUGAAAACGGGCAACGCGCGGCGUGCAAAGCGGAAUUCGCGGAUGAGGAUGUGCACAUGCUGAAGAAGGAGGUGCGCGUGCUGCAGGUGAUGCAGGGCAACAAGCACUUCUGCGAGCUGUUCCUGGCUGGAGAGUUCAUCUACAAGGACGAGCGGGUGAACCUGAUGAUGAUGACGCUGCUCGGGGAGCCGCUCUCAAAGAAACGAAGGCAGUGUCCGAAUCAGCGUUUCACGCGCUCGACGGCCGUCCGGUUGGCGAAGCAAUGUCUCGAGGCCAUCCGUCUGCUCCAUUAUUCCGGCUUUCUCCAUCGUGAUCUCAAGGGCGGCAACUUCGCGUGGAACGACGCCAAUCGGACCGUCUAUCUCCUCGAUUUUGGAUUCGUACGCCAAUGGAUUAUUUGGAAAGACGAUGGUGGCAACGAGACGAUGAUGCGCCCUCCACGCAAAAAGGGACAUUUUCUGGGCACUUCCCGUUAUGCUUCCCCGCACGUGCAUGCCCGCAAAGAUCAGGGCCGUCGCGAUGAUCUUUGGUGUUUCCUCUACAUGGUCGUCGAGUUUAUUACGGGCAAACUGCCGUGGCGCAACGACUCGGACCGGGUGAUUGCUGAGAAGAAGAAGACGGUCGGCACCAAGCUCCUCAAAGGUUGCCCGGUGGAGUUCUUCAAGAUGUACCACCACAUCCGCUGGUUGAGAUACGAGGACAAGCCCAAUUAUGGCUUCCUAAUGGACAUGCUCAAUAAGAUCUGCGAACGCUGUGGCUACGGAGAGGAGGACCCGCUCGACUUCGAGCCGCACGGACGGCACUACGAGUAUAUCAUGAACCACAAGUCUUCGUCGAGUGAGCCGUCGACUGAGGGGGCUGAUGAUGAGGAGGAGGAGGAAGAGGAAGAAGAACCCGCUGCCGUUAACCCAGAAGACCCAUCCUCUCCCGGCGCCAUCGAAGUGUCGCAAUACGACCCGUCGUCUAGUGAAGCGAGCGAUUCGAGCGACUACACGACGGUGCCCACCAAUUCCACUACCGUC